CUUUGCCAACUCUGAAAGAGAGAGAGUGAGGCUGCUGAUUUUGUACAGUUCUGUCUCAUUUAAAUUUACUUCAUGCACAAGUCAAGACAUCCUCUUCCUGAUAUCAUUGGUCCUCUUCGAAAACAAAGAACAAACAACCAAACAACCACAACUAUGGAGAUAUCAUAAGCUUAUGCUUGGUAGCUCCAGGGGACGGAACCUCACGUUUAGAGCUCAGCUACCCAGUGCCAUCUCAUUUUUUAGAUCAUCAGCUGCGAUGGAUUCUCUUAGCCAACACCUGGAAGGGCUCAAACUUUUUGGAAACAAAGAUCAAGUAGAAGUUGAAGAAGAAAUCUUCAAGAGCCUAAACAUGGUGCUGCAAGCUGUAACUGGAGACCAACAACAAUCAGGGAAGCUCCUCCAAGCCAGUGGCAUUUUCACCACCUUGGACCAGAUUUUGACAAGUCAUCCAAGAUGUGCUGUGCCCGUUACACAAGUCCUGGCAGAACUGGCCAAGAAUGAGGAGCUAAAACAGCCCUGUAUUGAUGCCGGUCUGAUAACUACCCUGCUGCCUCUUCUGAAAAGCUCUGACCAAGAUCUGCUGCUCCAUGCUGGAAGAGCCAUUGGGCGCAUCUGUUAUGGAAACAAGGAACUUCAGGAGGAAUUAGUCAAGUCUGGAGUAAUCACCUUAUUAGUCAAAAUCCUAUCAGACUUUCCAGAAAGUGAACCACUUGUGCGGGUGGACCUGUUGGCCCUGUGUAAUCUGGCAGAUCUGGAUACAGCUAAAGAAGCCCUGAGCAAGACCAAUGUGGCAGAGCAGCUGGUGAGGCAGCUAAGGAGGGCUGAGAACCAGGAGAGACUGGAGAUCAUCACUGAGAUACUGCAGCAGCUGGCAGAGAAUGAUACCCUGAAAUUACAGUUGGUGGAAGCAGAUGUUCAGAGUGCCCUGGUGGAGCUCCUGCAGAAGGCCCAGGACAACCCAGAGCUGGAAGCCACCGGCAUCCUGAAGACCAUCUCAGACCUUGUCAUCUCUCUCCUCCUGGGAGAUGAGUCCAUGCAGAAACUGUUUGCUAAUGGAACUGGCCUCAUCUACCAGAAGAUCAGUAACUGGCUUAUGUCCCAGAAUGCCCAGCUGCAGCUGACUGGUGCCCUGGCUGUGGCCAACUUUGCCAGGAAUGACAGCAAUUGUGUGAAGAUGGUACAGCUGGGUAUAGUGCAUCAGCUCUUGGAUGUCCUGGAAAAGCAUGUGGAAGAGGGUGAUGUGACAGUGCAACAUGCAGCCCUCAGUGCCCUCCGUAACCUCGCCAUCCCUGUGAUCAACAAAGUGCAGAUGCUGGAAGAAGGUGUGGCUGAGCGUAUCCAGAUGUUGCUGAGGUCUGAGAUGCCCCCAGUGCAAUUUAAACUCCUGGGAACACUUCGAAUGUUGCUGGAUGGUCAAGUGGAAGCCGCAGAAAUCCUUGGGCAGGACCCAGCUCUGCUGAACCGACUAGUACAGUGGUGUGAGGCCAAGGAGCAUGCAGGUGUCCAAGGGGAAGCCAAUCGCCUGCUAGCUUCAUUGCUGAGGCACAGCAAGUCCCAGGAAGUAGUGAGGGCCAUUCAGGAAGCCCGAGGAAUGAAGUACCUUGUCACCAUGACAACCAGUGAGCAUGCUAUCAUGCAGAAUGAAGCUCUGAUAGCACUGGCCAUCGCAUCAGCUGUUAAUUUAGAAAUUAUCAAAGAUGCGUUUAAAGAAUCCCAACUGGUAUCAAAUUUACAGAAGCUCCUUGAAGAUGAUAUGACAAGUCCAGAAGUGAAGUAUAAGUCCUUGGGCCUCUUGUGCAGCCUCCUGGGUUCAGGUGACUUGAGGAAGCAAGUAGAAGAAGCUAAAAUACAAGGUACACUAGAGAACCUCUGCAACCACAGCAAUGCCAACGUGGUCAAACAGGCCAUCGCUGCCCUCCAGAUCCUGAAAAGUGAUACCCAGGACUCAGGUCUCUUUUUCCCCUAAGUGCUGGUAUUCCUUCUUCUCUUUAGGAUCAGCCUUCCUUAGGAGGUUGCUUUUUGCAAUAGAUAAGAAACCUACUCUUCUUGCCAUCUCUUCCCCAUACAUGAAGGGGGAGCCCAAAGUGUCCAAUCCUUGGAUGCCAAGCAGCACACUGACAUUCUAGGUGGUAGUACCCAGCAACAUUGUGAUUUUCAUGCCAAUUUGGGGAUUUCCAGUCACCUGCCUUGUGCAAACUUAUCCUCACCUCUGAUCCAAGUGAUCCCUCUAAGCUGGUACCCUGGAGGAACUCCUCAGUGUGAGCCAUGUUCUUUUCCAUGCCCCAUCACCAAGCAGAGACCAUCCAACCAGCCCUUUCCAUUGAUAGUUUUCUCUGAACCAGGCUUGAAGCCCUAGAGUUUCUAGGGAACAAGUUCCGCAGGAGGUCUAAUUUGUAAAGUGGUCAUUAAAGUGGUGCUCAAAGAAUGGCUAGAGGAGAUCUCCUCACUUGGGAGGGUCAUUCAUUCAAUAAAUAUUUGAGUGACUACUAUACACAAAGCAUUGUGGCAAUGUGGCAUUGUUUUGGCACUCCGAGAGUUAUUUUUGCAAAUUGCACCUGUCUAUUUUGGCAACUCAAGUUCCAGAAUACCAUGUCAGUGUUCUCCAGUUCCUGGUCCUCCACUUUCACCAAGUGGGCAAGUCCUUUUUAGCCAAAUCCUUGGAAAAUCCAAAAAGGAUUGGUCUCUGGGGUAUAAUCUCCACUUUGGUAAUUUCUGAGCUUGUGGCCAUUCCAACAACAAUCCCUCACCUUAGGAACUGUUGAACCAUCACCCUGCUACACACCCCCAAAGAACUUAAAAAAGCAAAACUAUUCCUUGGGAGAGCUGAUUGGUCUUACAAAAAAGCAAAAAUCUAUUUACAAGACUAAGGGCCAAUCAAGGGAGGAGGUCUACACAAGAAGACUACAAACUGCCAGCUUCCACUGGAUUUAAGUAAUCUUAUUGGUAUGAUGUCUGCCCUGUCCUCAUGGUGCAAUGGAAAGAAUGCUGGACUUGUCAUCAGUGGACCUAGGCUCAAAUCCCAGCUCUGCCCUUAAAGCAAGGCACUUAAAAGAAAGAAGGCUGGACUAGAUGAAUUAUAAUUUUCAUGCUAAAUACAUAAACCCAUUCAUUCUCCCAUCAGGUUCUGUGCUCCCAGAAGUAUGGACAACUGGCAUGUCUUGUAGCAAUAGCCCCAUUCAUUAGGAAAAAGGAAAAUUAGAUCUGUAGGGGAGAGAGGAUGGGGACACUACUGACAAGGUCCUGAGAGAAUCUCAUGAAACAGGCUUACACUCUGGGGAAGAUGAUACUUACCUCUCCGGUGCAAUCACUUCUGUCCAUCUAUUGGCCCACAAUGGGGAACCUCACCUGUAGAAAGUGCCCUCCUUGCAAACUGCCUUCUGGAAUCUGUAAGCUCUGAAAAAUGGUGUCUGCUAGUCAUAGGCCAAGGACAGGCAGUAGUCACUAAGUCACUAAGGAAGUAGGGAGGGGGUCCAGAUGCAUCCCAUUGAGUCUAUUAGCCUAUACCAGUCACUGUUAUCAAGUGGAUAUGACAAAAAAUCCUCUGCAUCUCAACUCCAUAAUCUGUUCAAUGAAUAAAUUUUAACUCCAAAACAAGUUAGUGACUCUCCGUUUCUUGGCUCUUUAUAGUAUUUUGCUUUUGUAUAAUGCUUUAAAAAAUAAAAGACUUUGCAAAGCAA